AUGUACAAGCAGCUGCAGGGUCAUGAACAUUCAAGCGAAGAUGCACGCAGCGUAGAAGGGCUCGUAAGGGCCGCAUCCACGAAUGCCCAGCGGUACGAUGGCUCUAGAAUCGAAGGCAAAUCGGAUACACCAAACGCGAAGCGCCCAACCUACCAGCUGGCCAACGACAAGGCAUACCACGAUGACGAGUUUCUCCUACUGGCAAGACCGCUGGGGCCUGGCGAUCCCGUCCCUACGAAGAAGCGCUUCUUUACGGGAUGGCGCAUGGGCGCGCUCGCAUCGGCUACCUGCGCCAUAUUGGUGUUUAGCAUGAAUCUCGCCGUCACAAUCUGGGUCUGGAAGAACCCCGAUUACGAACAUGAGGAUGGCGUUGGGACGCUAUUCCAAGGCAGCUGCUCUAUUGUUCGAGAAUCGAACGUCUACAUCCACCUAGUCGUGAAUGUUCUCAGUACCUUACUGUUGUGCAGCUCCAACUACUGCCAACAGAUCCUUGCCGCGCCGAAUCGAGAAGAGCUAAGGCGCGCGCACGCACGGCGAAACUGGCUGCACAUCGGCGUUCCUAACCUCCGCAACCUAUGGCACGUUGGAUGGGAUCGGUCCGUGUUGUGGAUCUUGUUGUUUCUCUCGUCUGUGCCGCUACAUUUGUUAUUCAACUCCGUUGUAUUCACAAAUCUGCAGGCAAACGAGUAUGCUGUCAUACCGACGACGCCUGACUGGGUAAUGUCAACACAAGACGUUUACGACACCUCUGGCUUCCUGAAUGUCAGCAUAAAUUCAACAGAAGCAAUAUCCUCAACGAUCAGGGACCAAUAUAGAUUCGACCCCUCUGACGCGGUGACGUUGAGAAAUGGCAGCACGAUAUCCAAAUACAGGAACGUCAGCACACCCGACUGUCUUGCAGCAUACGGCACACAGUAUGUUUCAGCUGUUGGUAACUUGUAUUUGGUUCAGGAAAGCCCAACGGUUCUGCGAGGCGCUGAUGACUGGGUUGGUCGACGGUAUCGGAAUGACUCUUUCGAAUGGGUACUUAAAACAGUAAUCACGAUGGAAGAGGACCGCAAGAAAGAUGAAUAUGUUAUCGAGGCUCCAAACCAAGAACUUCCGGUGACGAGCACGCCAGAAGUGUAUCCUUCUAACGGGUGGCGCUGUCUUCCUCAUUCUCCCGUCAACUGCGAUCCUGACGAUGAGACCAUCAUUCCAAUCAAUCGAUCAGCGUGGCAGCCAUUCGAAGUACCCGUGGCCUACUGCACCAUCGAACAAGUCGAAGAGUUCUGCAAGCUGCAAUUUAGCUUUACUAUCGCGAUAGCGGUUAUCGUGGCCAACUUUGUCAAAGCGGUUUGUAUGAUACUUUUGCUUUGCCUGUACUGGGAUCAUGGCGCGCUUGUGACCAUAGGAGAUGCGAUCGCGGCAUUCCUCGAAGAUCCGGAUCCCGAAACCUACGGUCGUUGCCUACACACUAAACGAGACGUUGGUCUCCGAUGGAACUGGAACGAAUACGCUAGCAUAACGAAACUAGCACUCAGCAGCAUGCCGAAAGACCCUGUAAAGCUAUGGAAGACAGGGUUUGCGACAGUCAACGGUAACAAUCUCAUGGACUUCAGCACAUUACUGAUUCCGGGCGUACUUUUGGCGAACACACCUCAGCUGGUCCUCUCAUACUUGUAUAUCGCGCUAAACGCUCUCUACACAAGCAUGUUCGUGUCGGCGGAGUGGGCAAGCUACGUCAAAACACGGAAAUCACUCCGCGUUACAUCGCCCACUGGCUUCCAACGCGACUCCUACUGGCUCAACGUGCCCUUCCGCUACGCAAUUCCCAUGACCAUCAUGUCAGGUCUCUUCCACUGGCUCGCAUCACAAAGCAUAUUCAAAGUGCAGAUCUCCAUCACAGACAUGCAUACGCGCAUAGUCGCCAGCGAAGUUUCAACAUGUGGCUAUUCCCCCGUCGCGAUCAUCCUGACUACAGUCGUUGGUUUCACCAUCGCAGCUGGCGGCCUCAUCAUCAGCAGGUUCUGGUAUCCAGCUGGUAUACCUCUGGCUAGUAGCUGUUCUGCUGCUAUCAGCGCGGCCUGUCAUGCGCCGUUGGAAGAUGUGAACGCCAGUCUUUUACCGGUGCAGUGGGGUGCUGUUACACAUGGGAAAGCGGGCGAGGAUGGGGAUGAGCCGAUCGGCCGUUGCUGCUUUACGAGCUUCCCGGUUGAGAUGCCUAUUCCGGGGCGGUUGUACGCCUGA